AUGGCUUACGAGUGCGGGCGGGAGGGAAGGGAGGAGGAGGAGGAGACGGCGGUGGCGGCGGAGGAGGAGGAGGGUGGGGCGCUCUGGAACGCGGACGGAGGCGCUGGCGAGGGCGCGGGACUCUUUGCCCUCUCAGGGCGGAAGGAACGCAGCCAGCCUGAAAAAGGGCCGGCGCGACCCGAGCGCCCGAGUCCGCGGAGCGGCCCCCCUCUCUCCGAGGGGGUUGAGGGGCCGGGCGGUCCGGCCACCUUCGGUCGGAGCGUCGUCGUGUCCGGACGCUGCGGCAGGCCGGCUGCUGGGCUUCAGGGCGCCUCCGCGGAGGCGGGCAGGGUAGCAGGGCGGCUUUCGGGUGCCGAGGCCCAGCCGGCCGGAGAAGAGACUCGGGCAUCAGUAUCCGGACGCUGCACUGUCUGUUUCGGAAUCUGUGAACCGGGGCUUGAUGCCCUAGGGAGACAGGGUGCCGAGACGAGUUUCCGGUGCUGGGCAAUGCAGCUGAAAGUUCUGGAGACCGGAAGUCCAAAAUCAAGAUGUCAGCAGGGCUGUACUCCUUCCAGAGGCUCCACAGGAGAGUCUGCUCCUUGCUUUUUCCGGUUCCUGGUGUCUGCUGGCAUUCCUCGCAUUCCUUGGCUUGAAGCCACGUCACUCCAGUAUCUGCCUCCAUCUUCACAGCGCCCUCUCCUCUCCGCCGGCACAGCAUGGCAACUGACAGAUGGGUGGUGUGGUUCCAGGACCGGAAAUGAACCCAGGCCACAGAAACGUUCCUCUAGGUGCAACCUGGCAAUACCUCACGUCAAGCUCAUGAAGCUUGCCUCUCACUCUCCCCCUGAGGUUUAUCUGUUGACUCCGUGGUGAAGAAUACUGUGGAAAACCACCGUGGUGCUCAUGCUUAUGCAACCUAGGAGAUUUCUCACGCCCUUGGGGAGAACCUUUGAGCAAUGGGGAUGGGAUCCAACUGAUAAAUAUUGCCCCCCUUCUGUCCUUCUGUCAGUAGUUGACGCUACUGAGAUGAAUUUUGGGGGCCUCUUUGGCAGUCCCAUGGAUCCCGCAACCAGUCACUCAAGUGGUGGCCAACUUGACAAUGCACCUUUGCAUUGGUUCUCCAUCUUUCCUGCCUCUCUCACCCAUCCCUCACUCCCGCUCCCUGUUUCACACUCCUCAAUAAAGAAUGUAUAUUUAAGUCUUUGUUUCAA